AACGGACAGAGUCGAUAGAAGCGCCGUUCCGGGAGAGCUACGACUGGCGCAUCCUCUGAUAACAAACCCGGGCAGAGGGCACGUCUUUGUCUGGAAGUACAUCCUCAAAAUAAAGAGAACAGCGCACGACGAUGAUCUGAAAUCCGUGGUUUUGCUUUAUCUCCGGGAUUACAGUCUUUGACGUUGAGGCAGCAUUAUCCGGUCGCGGUCGUGUGUUUACAUCGGAACCUUGACCACAGUGGAAGUUAUCUGGAAGACUUGAGGACGCGCCGCAGAGCGCGUAACAUGUUUUUCGAUGUUUGUGUUGCUCGGAACGGAUGAGACCGAUUGGAAAUGCGUUUACAGUGUUUUUAAGCUCGAAACUGUUUCCAUCAAAGUUUCUUGUCUUUGUCCUGUCCCGCAGCUUUCUCCACAGCGCUCGGUAUGUUCUGACAGUGCGUAAUUAUUGUUUUCCUGCGCCUUUCCCACUGGCGUCACAGGUAGGCUUCUUGAGCCUACCGACACCACUGCUGAUGACAGCAGAUCACCUCAUAGCAUAAGGUGACAGUUCGUUUUCUGCUUCGGGGUUGCAGCAUCUCAAAAAGACACUGCGCGUCCAUCAUGGAUGAUGUUGGUGGAAUGCAUAGAUGCACCUGGACGAAGUCGUCCAAAAGGAGCGCCCGGGACGUCUUGAAAACAUACCUGGGGAUAUUUGUGAUGCUUCAUCUCGUGCUUCACACGGAAGCCUCCUCUGUGUCCUCUAAGUCCUGCGAUAAAAAAUGUUUUUCAGGGAAGUGCAUCAACGGGAGCUGCGUGUGUGAUCACGGAUGGGUCGGGGAUCAGUGCCAGCACUGUCAGGGGAGAUUCAAGUUAACAGAUCUGUCAGGCUCUCUCACAGAUGGACCAGUGAACUACAAGUAUAAAACCAAAUGCACUUGGCUAAUAGAAGGAUAUCCUAAUGCAGUACUCAGGCUGCGCUUCAAUCACUUUGCCACAGAGUGCAGCUGGGACCAUAUGUACGUGUAUGAUGGAGACUCCAUUUACGCCCCUUUGAUUGCUGUGUUCAGUGGUCUAGCAGUACCAGAGAACAGAGGUAAUGAGACGGUCCCGGAGGUAGUUACGACUUCCGGCUACGCUCUGCUUCACUUCUUCAGCGAUGCUGCCUACAACCUGACGGGCUUCAACAUCGCCUACUCGAUAAAUUCUUGUCCCAAUAACUGUUCGGGCCACGGCAGAUGCGGCACAGCGAACUCGGUCUCGGGUCGUGUGUACUGUGAGUGCGAGGAGUACUGGAAAGGAGAAGCCUGCAACAUCCCAUACUGCAGGGAUAACUGUGGCAGCCCGGAUCACGGCUACUGUGACCUGACCGGAGAAAAGCUCUGCGUCUGCAACGACAGCUGGCAAGGUCCAGACUGCUCUCUGUCCGUUCCCUCCACUGAGGCCUUCUGGGUGCUGCCGAGCAUCAAACCGUCAGCUCAGUCUCUGGGUCGGGCGUCCCAUCAGGCUCUGGUGCACUCUGGGCUGAUGUGGGUGGUGGGAGGCUACUCUUUCAACUACUCCAACUACCACAUGGUCCUUAACUAUAACCUAGAGAGCAGCACGUGGGAUGUGGUGCCUGUUGGCAGCGGUCCUCUCUACAGAUAUGGUCACUCAUUGGCUCUGUACCAGGAUGACAUCUACAUGUUUGGUGGGAAGCUGGAGGCGCAGUCGGCCAACGUGACGGACGAAAUGUGGGUGUUCAACAUCCCUAGACGCACCUGGUCUCCACGGACACCAGCCCCGCCUCCUCCAUACGCUCUGGAGGGGCACACCGCCCAUGUGGUGGAGCAGGCCCACGGCGAGCCAGUGAUGCUGAUCUUCUUUGGCUACUCGCCAAUCUACAGCUACAUCAACAAAGUUCAGGAGUACAACAUCAGGUCUAACUCGUGGCAGGUUGUGUCUGCCGGAGGUGCGGUGGUCCAGGGAGGUUAUGGCCACAGCAGCGUGUACGAUGAGGCCAGCGGCUGUGUGUUUGUCCACGGGGGCUACAAGGCACUUAGCAACAACAAAUACGGCCUGGUGGACCACAUGUACCGAUACGAUGUCCAAGCGAAAACAUGGGUGAUCCUCAGGGAGAGUGGUUUGGCUCGGUACCUACACUCUGCGGUGCUGCUGAGCGGCACAGUGCUGGUUUUUGGGGGAAACACUCACAAUGACACGUCGCUAAGCAAUGGAGCCAAGUGCUUUUCUGCUGACUUCAUGGCGUAUGAUAUAGCUUGUGAUGAGUGGACUGCCCUCCCCAGACCAGGGCUGCACCGGGACGUCAACCGCUUUGGACAUUCUGCCGUGGUUAGCAACGGCUCCAUGUACAUCUUCGGAGGUUUUUCAGGCCUCCUUCUGAACGAUGUGCUGGCCUACACCCCUCCGUCCUGCAAGGCAUUUUCUAACCCAACUUUGUGUGCUGCUGCUGGGCCAGGCCUUCGCUGCCACUGGAUCAAAAGUAGAUGUGUCCCCUGGGAGCCAAAACCACCUGAUCACAUUUUUCCUGCUCCUUUUUGCCCAGCACGACUUGACAGUACAGACGAGCAGUGUUUCAAAUUCUCAGACUGUGCAAGCUGCACCGCCAACACGCUGGGCUGUCAGUGGUGUGAGGACAGGAAAUGUAUCUCUGCCUCCAGCAACUGCACAGUGCUAACUCUGGAGCUGGCCCAGCAGCAUGGCGGCGCUCUGUCUCUGUCUCGCCCACCAUCCAUGUUGUCUGAACAUCAGCUGAGUUUGUGGAAGCACGGAGCCAGAAGGAGGGGACAUUCGGUGAGAGACUCGUCCAGGUGUAAGCACAGGGAGGAGCAGGAGUGUUUCAGACUGGCCAACUGCAGGAGCUGCUCCCUCAACAUCAACUGUCAGUGGGAGCUGCAGCAACAGGAGUGUCAAGCUCUGCCUGGCCAGCUGUGUGGGGAGGGCUGGCACCACGUGGGGGAGGCCUGCCUGAGGAUCAACUCCAGCAGAGAGAGCUAUGAUAACGCCCAGCACUACUGCAAAAACCUGGGAGGAAAUAUUGCCUCUUUGCUCUCUGACAAACAGGUCAAUUUUGUUAUGGAAGAGCUACAAAAAUACCAGCUGCAAGAAAAGGGGCUAUCCCCCUGGGUUGGCUUACGGAAGAUCAACGUGUCAUACUGGGGCUGGGAAGAUGCGUCACCCUUCACCAACACCAGCCUGCGGUGGUUACCCGGAGAGCCCAGUGACUCAGGCUUCUGUGCCUACCUGGAUCGGACACAGGUGGCUGGUCUUAAAGCCAACCCCUGCACGGCCACGACCGAUGGCCUGAUCUGUGAAAAACCUGCCGGGAGUCCACAGAGUCAGAGUGCUCGUCCCUGCAAGACACCCUGCUCUCUGCGCACCAGCUGUGCCAACUGCACCAGCCAGGCCAUGGAGUGCAUGUGGUGUGGCAGUACGCAGCGCUGUGUCGACUCCUCGGCGUACGUCAUCUCCUUCCCCUACGGACAGUGUCUGGAGUGGCAGACUCAGGACUGUACUGCCCAGAACUGUUCAGGUCUGAGGACAUGUGCCGAGUGUUUGGAGAGGGCGGAGUGCGGUUGGUGUGGUGAUCCCAGUAACACCGGCAAGGGUGUUUGCAUGGAAGGCUCUUACAGAGGCCCCCUGAAGCCUGCUAUUGCCAGGGCUGGGCCCCGAGACCGAGACAGACUACGAGACCGGGACAUGGUGCUGGACCAGAGUCUCUGUUCGUCUGAUAGAGGCUACAACUGGGCCUUCAUCCAGUGUCCUGCGUGUCAGUGUAAUGGUCACAGCAGGUGUGUGAACGGCAGUGUGUGCGAGCACUGUGGGAACCUGACAGCAGGGACGCACUGUCAGAGCUGCAUGCCCGGCUACUAUGGCGACCCUAUCAACGGAGGGAAAUGCAACGCAUGCAAGUGUAACAGCCAUGCCAACGUGUGCCACGUCAACACAGGGAAGUGCUUCUGUACAACUAAGGGCAUCAAGGGAGACCAGUGUCAACUAUGUGACUCAGAGAACCGCUACCUUGGUAACCCUCUCCGAGGAACAUGUUAUUGACUGAAGUUUGAAGGCACUAGAUGGCACCAAUGCAAUCCUUGCCCAGCAUUAUUACACACUUACAGGGAACCAAAAGACCAGAGAGAGAGGUUCGGCAUAAACUCCUCAGAAGACAAAGCCAUUAUCUAAACCAAACAACCACUCAAAGAUGAACAGCUGAAAAUCAUAACAAGUCCAGCCGCUUGACAUCUUCCCUUCUCUCCCUGUUGCCUUUCUUUUUCUUUGACCCAUUUGUAUAGAGUUACUAUUUCAGUCAGUUGUAAUCAGACUCAUUGAACAGUAGUCAUGGACUGUGAAGUGUAUGUUUACUCGUUUGCACUGCUAACAGCUAUGUGUUUUGGAUUCAAGCCUGAGUCUGACAUUUCAGAGUGAGGAGUCGCAUGUUAUAGUGAAACACUGUUAUUUCAGAUAUAUCUGAUCAAAGAGCGUUUCAGCCACAGUCUGGUGAGACUGCAUAUAUUAAAUAAUCAAGCUGGUGUUUCAUUAUCUUUGUCACUAACAAAUCCUUAUUAGGCCAAACCAAUGAUGCAGUGCUCUUAACAAGGCCUUCUACCUGAACAAUAAAAUAGGUUAUUUGUCAGUGCUACAUGUAAGGAGAACUGCCGUCAAACCCAACCAUCAAAGUUAGAGAAAACAUUAUAUAUACGUAUCCAUCCAUCCAUCUAUCAUCUCUCUAUUUUAUCGCUCUCGCUCUAUAUCAAUCAAAAACUUUUAGGUUGGUCCAUUUAUUUGUUUGUUUGUGGUGAGCAUUUUCUUCAUCUUUUAGUCUGUUUUCUCAGAUAACAUUCAGAAAAAAGCUCACAACCUUAGUGUCAUUUUUGACUCAGAGCUCUGUCUUUUGAUGCUCAGGUGACAGAAGUAGUGCAGUCCUGUUUUAUCCAGCUGAGACGGCUAACUAAGAUUAGAACAUUUCUCUCCUCUGCUGACUCCAUCCAUUUCUUCAUUUCCUUAAGACUCGACUACUGCAAUGCUCUGUAUUCUGGUCUAAUACCAGUUAUAAUAAAGGGAAAUAUUCAUAGAUUACAGCUCAUUCAAAAUGCUCCAGCCAGGCUUCAUCAAACCAAUCCGCACCGCCCUUCACUGGUUACCUGUGAGUUUUAGAAUUGAUUUCAAGAUGUU